AUGAUAAACUUUGUUUUGAUACCUCUAAUGGCCCCUGGCCACAUAAUUCCAAUGAUAGACAUGGCAAAAUUGUUUGCAGAACGUGGUAUUAUUGUGACAAUAGUCACGACGCCCCUCAACGCCAUCCGGUUCAGUGCAGUGAGUAUAGACACUUUACCAUCCUAUAAGUUAAUAAACAACUUCUUUAAUGCAGCAAAAAUGCUACAAAAGCCAUUGGAACAGAUGCUGAAUGGACUUAAGCCAGCUCCAAGUUGCAUUAUAUGUGAUAAGCAUCUGUCCUGGACGGCUGAUUUAUCGAAUAAUCUUCAGAUUCCGAGGAUUAUUUUUGAUGGAAUGAGUUGCUUCACCCAAUUGAUAAUGAAUAAUUUGUUCAUUUCCAAGGUUCAUGAAACUGCGUCUGAGUCGGAGCCUUUUGUCGUGCCUAGUUUACCUGAUAGAAUUGAGUUUACUAAGCUCCAGCUGCCUGAUUUGCUCAAGCCAGGCUCGGUGGUUGUGAAAGAUUUUUUUGAAGAGGUACGAGCAACUGAAACACUAUCUUAUGGGGUGGUGGUCAAUAGUUUUGAAGAUUUGGAACAAAGAUAUGUCGAUGAAUUUUGGAAGAUCAGAGGGGGAAAGGUUUGGUGCAUUGGUCCGCUUUCACUUUUCAACAGGGAGAAUUUAGACAAAGCUCAAAGAGGGAACAAGGCCUCUAUUGAUACAGACCAGUGCUUGAGGUGGCUCGACUCACAUGAGCCUGAUUCUGUAAUCUACGCAUGCCUUGGAAGUCUCAGUCGUCUCAUGCCUUCACAAUUUAUAGAGCUGGCUUUAGGCCUAGAAGCGUCAAACUAUUCGUUUAUUCUAGUGAUACAUGGAGGAGAAAAUACAGAAGAAAUAGAGAAGUGGAUUUUGGAAUAUGGAUUUGAUGAAAGAAUAAAGGAAAGAGGCCUUUUGAUCCGAGGUUGGGCACCACAAGUACUGAUUUUAUCCCACUCUUCAGUAGGAGGAUUCUUAACCCACUGCGGUUGGAAUUCAACUCUAGAAGGUAUAUGUGCUGGCCUGCCAAUGAUCACAUGGCCAUUGUUUGCCGAGCAAUUUCUAAAUGAAAAAUUAGUAGUACAGAUUUUGGGCACUGGUGUAAGAGUUGGAGCUGAAGAUGUUGUAGACUUCACCACGCAAGAAAGGUCCGGGAUGAAGGUGAUGAAGGACGAGGUUAAGGCUGCCAUUGACAUGGUAAUGGACCAGGGAAAUCAAGGAUGUGAAAGAAGGGAAAAAGCAAAAGCACUAAAAGAAAUGGCAAAGAGAAGAAUCACAGAAUCAGCUGAUAUAAUACCUCUCAUAGAAGAACCUGCACAAGAGCCUCUUGCUGAAGAUGAGGAUGAAAGAGUGAUGGAAAAUGAUGAUGGAUCUGAUAUGCCACAGAUACAAGAAACUGAACAGUUUGAUACUUAG